AUGGUGGCGUCACUAGAGGUGCGUCAGGUCGGCAGACGGGCUGUUAGCAGCCUGGCAGGCCGGGGGAUGGGGGAUGAGGUGAUCAUCGUCCACUACAACGAUGUCUACAACAUUGAACAGACCACAAAUACGGAGCCAGUGGGAGGUGCCCUAAGGUUCUGCACAGCCGUCAAGGCGCUGCAGCAUUUGAACCCUCUGGUCCUGUUCAGUGGAGACGCGUUUUCUCCAAGCAUGUUAAGCACAUUCACAAAAGGGGAACAGAUGGUGCCAGUUCUGAAUGAAAUUGGGACGCACUGCGCUGUAUUCGGGAACCAUGAUUUCGAUUUCGGCCUAGAAGUCCUCUCAGGAUUAGUGGCGCAAUGCAGUUUCCCAUGGUUGAUGUCAAACGUCAUAGACAACGAAACCGGACGCCCGCUCGGCGAUGGAAAAAUUACCCAUGCAUUGAUGUGCAACGGACACAAGAUUGGGCUCAUAGGGCUGGUGGAACAGGAAUGGUUAGAAACGCUAGCGACGAUAAACCCCGAAGAGGUCACGUUCAUAGAUUUCCUGCAGGCGGGCACCAAACUGGCGUCGCAGCUAAAACAAGAAGGUUGUGAAUACGUGAUAGCGCUGACACACAUGCGGACUCCGAACGACAUCAAGCUAGCGGAGGGCUGCGACGAAAUUGACCUCAUUUUAGGAGGGCAUGACCACGUAUACGAAGUUAUUGAGAUCAACAAAAGGUACAUAGUCAAGAGCGGUACAGACUUCCGUCAGUUCUCGAAAAUCACCAUCACGUUCGGGCCUGAGGGGCCGCACGCGGACAUCGCCGAGGCGCAGGUCACCAGCGCCGUGCCCGAAGACGCCGCGCUCAAGGCCAAGGUCGAGAAGUACUCAGCCAUGAUCGAAGGCAAGAUGGACGAGGUUCUAGGCAAGUUCUGCGUGCCUCUAGAGGGAAGGUUCUCCUGCAUCCGCCGUCAAGAGUGCAACCUCGGCAACUGGGUGUGCGACGUGUUAUUGGCUGCGACCAAUGCUGACGUGGUUCUGCUGAACUCUGGCACUUUCAGAUCUGAUCAGGUCCACGCAGCAGGCGACUUCACUCUGCGCGAUCUGUCCACCAUCAUCCCCAUGCGAGACCCCAUAGUGGUGGUGAAAGCCUCGGGCGCUGUGAUCCUGCAGGUGUUAGAGAAUGCUGUCAGCAAGUACCCUAGCUUGGAAGGGAGGUUUCCACAGGUGGCAGGCAUAUCGUUCGCAUUCGAUCCUACCAAACCAGCAGGGGAGAGGGUAGCCGAACAAGUGGUGAAGAUUGGCGACGAGUACUUGCAAAAGGAGCAAGAAUACCGCCUGGCCAUCAAGCAGUAUUUACACAGCGGGAACGACGGGUUUGCCAUGCUGAAAAAGUGUCCUGUGCUGGUGUCAGAAGACAUGUGUCCGGAGAUAGGCAUGGCGAUCCAGAACCACUUCGCAGCCAUCAACGUUCGAACUGGAAAGGCACGCCCCUCCAAACACAGGCAGUCGCUUGUCACCCUUUCCAGAAGGCACAGUCUAGUCAAGAUGCUAGACGGCAGCGAGUUGGAUGGACCCCCGCCUCUAAGACGGGCGUCGUCGGUCGCUGUGGAACCUACCUCGCACAACACGCAUCAUCAUAGGUUAACGCGACGUGCAUCGUUAGACGAUUUGGAACAGCAGUCGUGUGAGCUCGCGCCCAAAAUUGAGAACAGAAUCAUAGUGCUCGACAAAAAAGAGAAACUCCAAUCCUUACUAGCGGAGCGGGCUCGCUGGGAAGCGGACACGGUGAUCAAAGAAGUCGACGACGAAGGCUCCCCAUAAGAUUUGCCGUACCCCCUGCUCGGAUGCUUCCUGCCCUACUACCUGAUCUGGCGCACGUAACGUUAUUUUAUUUUAACGGUAAAGUUAUUUAUCGUUUUAACGGUAUUUUUAUUCUAACGGUACCGUUAUUUAUAGUUUUAACGGUAUUUUUAUUUUAACGGUACCGUUAUUUAUCGUUUUAACAGUUCCGUUAUUAUUCAUUUUACCGGUACGGUUAUUUAUAACUUUAACGGUACCGUUAUUUCGAUACCGAUACCAAGUUUUGCUUCUCAUAUGUGUUGGGCCUAAGAAUGAAAGCAGAUGAAGGAAUAGGGGACGAAUAGUAUACGAGAAGGUUACUGAAGUUGGCACUGUCGAGAAAUAGUUGCGAAUAUGUUUAUUACUUUGAUGGCGUGUACGAAUUCUCAAAAUUCGUAUACUAUUUAAGCGAAAGUUUGAAAAUACGCGAGUAUCUCAAUGAAUAAAACAUUAUUGUUUUUUUUCUCAUCAAUAUACUAUUGCAGAUAAGAUUGCAAAGACAAUUUUGGUACCGGUUCACGGUAACGUUAUUUAAUGGGUAUCGGUAUCAGUUCGCAAUAUUAUUUAUAUUAUUGCAUUCUUGAUAAUUUAUUAUUCAUUACCAAAAUAAGUAGAGAUUAUUUUAAGUAUGUAGUCAUUUAUUUUGGUACUGAUACCGAUACCAGAUAUAUCAAUAGGAAUCCUUCCUAAUCUGAGCAGAAGUCCUCAUUAUUAUUUAUAAUGCUUAUUUGCAUUAUAAUAUUUUUAUUCGUAAAGAUAGGAAAGAGAGAAGAGAUGUCGUGUCAUAAUAAGUUAUGAUUAUAACAAUUUAAAUGCAAUGAGAGCUAUCGCUUUUAUACUUAACAGUUGGCACCACUGGCGAUUGAAACACACCAUACUCUACUAUCCUGUGCCCCGAUUACGCAAAUUUUUAACGUCUCCAUUACAUACGCGCUUCUUCUCCAGUUGCGCUCCGUUUUUCAUUCCAGCUGAGGUGCAAAUUCGGUAUCACGGUAAUGGACGUACCUUCCUAGUAUUUUCAUUGUCACUUGAGAUAUUUAGCGUUACGUUUACGUCUAUGCUUCGUUUCAACUAGCUGUCAAAACGACACCGCGAUACGGAUUUGUCUGAAAACAGCUGAUGUUCGUACGUCGUCCGGGCACGUUGAAGAUGAAAAUUUUUAGCGUAAUCGGGGCCCUGGUGAGUGCAAAUGCGAUAAUCCUCCUACCGCUUCAGCGUUCUCUAGUUGACACCACUGGCAAGUGACAAUGACAUCACUACAGUGGCGCCGAUAAAACGAUAGCCUUCAUUACAGCUUACGAAGAAACUAAGUCAAAUCUAAAAACAAAGUUUUGUUUUACAAACGCUCUCAUUUUUAAAAUUGACUAAUUCUAUUGGUAUUAAAGUCUAUUUUAGUUCCUCUGAUUCAUUCAUAAGAUUCCAUGAAGCUAUAGUAAGUAGUGUGUAAAAAAUUGGGCCUUCCUUUUGGCGAAUUUAACUAUGUAAGUUGCACGUAUAGUGUUAGGGCCACCAUACACGGGAGAUUUAAUCGCAAUAUUAAUUAAAAUAUUACUUUUAAAAUGCUCAUAACGAUUCAUUGGUGUUAUUUUUGACGGGGUAUUUGACUAUACUCGUACACUAUAAUCGUAAAAAUAUAAUUAUUUUACAAUAACCGUGUUAAGAAAUUAAUUUAGAUGACCGGCACACGCGUACUCUUGUCAAAAUGUCUAUUUUGAACAGUUAUUUAAGUAAGAUAAUACAAAAAACUACAUAAUUACUUCAGUAAUAUAAUGCAAGAAAAUAUAAAAUUACUGAAUGAAUAACAAGCUAAGAAAUUCAUAUGCUCGCUGCGCUUGCUAGUGUGUGACCUCCACUCCAGAACCUUGCUGCCCCAUCGGCCGUGAGUUCUGCGUACUAUGUGCCCUUCAGCUUGCUAAUCCGUCGGGCUAUGUCAGCGACUUUAGUUUGUUAGUUUGUUUAUGAAUAGUGGAAGAACUAGUCAAAUGCCUCGUACCCACAUCUACCUCAGUAAGUAUUGUACAGUAGUAUUACAUCCGUUGGUAUGCAGAAUAGUCUUCCGCUAUUAAUAUUUUAACUGUCAUAAUUUUUCUAUUCGUUUGAAGGUGUAACACAUCUAUAAUGCCCGUUUUCACCAUCAAUCCCUAAUUUUUAAGUGAUUCUUAUGGUAACACAUAAUAGGAAUUUUGUUUCCAUAGGGGUCACUUAAAAAUUAGGGAUUGAUGGUGAAAACGGACAUAAGUGUCCUAUUUAUUGAUUUUUGGCACCCUAAUACCCUGCAUAGGUAGGCACAGUAAGAAGUCUAGACAUCUGUCCCAUAUUAGCUUUCUAAAGUAUUUUUUUUUUUAGAAUUCGCGAGACUUCUAUUAAACUCAGAAUAUAUCUUAGAACAACACACUGGUAUAGUUAGUUUGUAUCACUAGGUAGAUAAUUUUAGUUGCUAUCGAUAAUAACAUAUCAAGAAAUAAAAAUCGUACGAUCUGAUUUUGGCUAUAAAACAAUUUGUUAUUAAUUAUUUAUUCUAUUAUGCUAUAACAUUUUUUAAAUAUUUUACUUGUUAACUGUUUUAGUUCUAUAACUUUAUAAUUAAGUUUAAAACAUCAAUUCAACUUAGAAUACGUUACCUCAUAGCUAAUAUUGCUGUAUUAUUAUUUUAAAUGUUGACAAUUAUUUACAUUUGUUAUUAUAUCACAAAAAACUUUGCGCUGUGUUUUACAUUAAAAUAUGUUUAAUUAAAUAAGAAAGACAAAUUACGAACAAAAGACAGCACAUCAGGCUAACAUUUUUGUCGCAAUAUAGCACUUAAAAACAUUUACAUAAGAAACUGUUUAGAUGUAUGUUUUGUCGCUGAAGAUAUUAACUGAAAUCAUUUUAUGACUUAAUAAUAUGUAUCUAAAUUGAGUAUAUUCAGUAAUUGUAGUGCGAUAUAAAAACGUUUUUGUAUAUUUUUGGAAUAUUUUACGCACAAUCAUCAAAUGUAGGUUAGCUAUUAAAUUAUAACAAACAAAUGUAGUGCUAAAUACGCUUUAUGACAUUUAAUUCUGCACCAAAGAUAAUAAUAUAUUUAGGAAGACACAUUAAUUCGACAUAGCUCUUAAAAUCAGUCAGGCAAACAAAUUGAUUCAAUUAAUUAUACAUGGUGGAAACGAUAAGUGAUCUUACUAGUUAAUUUCUAAACUACAAAAGAUAUCAAAAAACUGGUUACUGAUCCUGAAAGUGCUUCAUGAGCUCUCUCCAACGAUAUCAAUAAUAGGUUACAGAUUAAACUGGAUCUAUCCGAAAAUUCAAUGUUUCCAGCUUCCAUACAUUCAGUACAGCACCAUAAUAUAAAAACCUGUAUAUUACAUACUCUGUAGCUAUGUAGAUUAUAAUUACUUUUAAAACAAUUUUCUUGAUUUCUAUCAUUCUACAGUAUUUUAUUUUAUAAGUACAACAAAAAGAGGUUAUACAUAUUUUGUAAAAAAAUAUGUUACCAUUUUUUAAAUUAAAAAGUAGAUAAAUUAGUCGAGAGUUAACAUUUUGUAGUUAUUUAUGUUAAAACAAACUACAUAUUAUUUUUAGCUGUCACUUAUAGUCACAUCACAAAUUAAUUAUUUAUGUGUAGAUAUUAAAAGUUAUUUUUAAACAUUACAAACACAAAAUACAUUGUUUAUAAAGCUUUUCAGUGCCUUUUAAGAUUGAAUUUGAAACGAAAGUACAGUCAAACUCGCAAUCUUCAAGCAUUGUACAACGAAUUCUCUUAACUUAGAUCUAUUUUCUAUGAAUGUCAAACGAGAUUAUUUUGUAUUAAAAUUAAACUGCCACUAUUAUAAAACUACUAAACUAUUAAUUUAAGAUUUUAGGAAUGUAAUUGAUGUUUAUAAUUUACGAGUUCGACUGUACUUUCGAAUUGUAAAGUUGUAUGUAACCGACAGUCUACUAUAAAAGACGUGCUUGUGCGUGAAAUAAAUACGUAUCGUGUAAGCAAUAAGAUUGCUUUUUGUGUAACAUGCACCGCCAUAGCAUGGAUUAGAGGUCACGUGGUUUGGUAGUUUAGCGUUUUUGAAUACACCCUGUAUGUUAUUUUCCCCUUAUCAAUAAAAAUUAAAACUUCGUAUCGUUCUAUUUUUUUGUCUCUCUCUGUCAAAUUUUGAUUUCAAUUUGAUGAAAAGAGACAAAACAUUGUUUGAUUAAGGGGGCUAGUCCAUGCUAUGUAGGUUGCGAGAUCGAUGUUGUGAAUUGUAAGAAAGAUAUUAAUUAAUUAAUUCCGUUUAUAAAUAAAUAAUUAGAUAAGAUAUGUAUCAAAUUUAUUAGAUUUACGUUAUUUAUAAAUAUUUAUUAAGACAUUUGUUAUUAUUUUGUAUGUUGAAUAUUUUGUUGCAUUGCAUUGUAUUGUGUGUAGUUUAUUUCUAAGAUUCAAUCGCCCGUAUUCACAAACAAUGCUUGCAUAAGUGAGUGAAGCAGCAAAUCGAACGCACAGCGUUGAAAGCUCUGUGAUUGGUUCGUGUGUCACCCUGUGCGUCCACGCGCACUGUGAGACCUCAUUUACUGUAAUGUUUGUGAAUACGGGCGAAUAUUAGCAUGCUGUGAGGAUAUAUUCUCAGUUAAUACUUUUGUAAUACCCUGCUUUAGAGAUUCGGUCGGGGCUCGAAAGGCAAUUUUACAAAACUAAAUAAUAUUGAUCACUAAGAAUACAUCCUUACGCCUAAAUGGUCCUAUUUAUUUUUUGACAUCCUUUUAAAAGUUUUAAAUAAACAACUUGAAAAAAUCGAACUGCCUAAGGCGGGACUCGAACCCACGAUCUUCCGCUUGCUUUUAAAGGUUGAUUUUCAAAUAGAGCAGCUUUUACAGCUCCAAGGGACAGUAGACCUGAGCUUGAUAGCCCCAUGUAUUCCUGAGAAAAAGAGUCUUGACAGACUGACGGACAACAAAGUGAUUCUAAAAGGGUUCCGUUUUUUCUUUUAGAGGUACGGUACCCUAAAAUCGGCGAAACGAAGACCUUUCAAAGUUACAACUGUCACGUUUUGCCACUUGUCUAGGGGGGCUAAAUUGCGUUACUACAAUAGAAUAGAAUCACCUAAUAGAAGGACGUCAAAAAAUAAACAAGGAUAGCUAGCGAAUUCGUGUUGUGAGACCUUUAUAAUCGUAGCCGGAGGGCAUAGCUUGGUCAAAAGACAUGCACUGUAAGCCUAGGCGCAAACCACCGAUUUUUAGUUGGCCGAUAGUUGUGCCCGAUUUUAAAUUGUAUGAAUUGAAAUUGAAUCGGCGUAAUGUGCGCACUUCCACACAUGCCUAUACUGAUCAACUGCCCGACUAAACUAUCGGCCGACGAAAAAUCGAUGGUCUGCGCCUAGGCUAAGUAGCUAAUUCACUAAAGUUGCAGAAUACACGUGCGGACAAAAUAAAUGGAACGUUUUUCAAUUGAAAACUGACAGACUUUUUUUUAAGUGCCAUAUAAAUUGAUACAGUCGACAGCACAUCGGACUACACAUUUUUGUUGCAAAGUAGUACCGCUGCGUAAGUUCCUGCAGGGAUUAGCUGGAUGUGCUGUCGUCUAUAAAUAAGGCAAACUUGAUGCCAUAAGGCAGAUUCGCUGUUUUGUUUCACCACAGAUAGUUUUGAAUUCAGUAAAUGUUAAAUUAGAAAGGGUUGUGAUGCUGAAAUGACCGAUAUGAUUAUUAGCUGAGUCUAUAAUGUAACACAAAGGCACAUGGAGUUGUAUGAGCUUUCUAUGCAAUAAUUAAUGUACAGCCUAUGUAUUAAUCGCAACAAUGUAUGUUACUGCACUUUUUCCUUGUUUUAAAUAUUUUAAAGUUGUUUUAUUUGAAUACCAACAGGGUAGUUGACUCACAGACACGUUAAUUGACAUUAUUUUUAUAAGCUGACAAAAAAAAUUGAUUGACGUCACGAAUUAUACAAAAGUAACUUGAUUUUUAGAUCUAGAAGUACUUUUCAAGGUUUGACUUGAAAUUGAAUUUAAUAGUGUCAACUACCCAAAAAUGUUGGCCGCGAGUGUACGUCGGUUUGCUCGAUCUUUGCUAAUUGUAUUGUGAGAAUUUGUGAUACGUUAUUAUUAUAUUUGGCAGUUAUGUUGCUAAUAGUUUAUUAUUAUUUUAUUAAACUAGUAAUAUAUUA